GUUAGAAACUGUUGCGGUACACUUGUCAAGACUGACGUUUCACAGGUCCACCUCUUUGUACAUUUAACAGAAUAAUGAUGUGGCAAAUAUUACUUUUACUGCCGAUAGCAGUGGGUUAUUACUUUUAUCUGCCUCUGCCCAGCACAUUUCCAGAGAAAUGGAAGUUAAUGAUGAAUGAUGCAGCAAUAAGGACCAUGAUGCACGUGAGUUUUUUUGCUCACAAACUCGGACUGAGUCACCCCUUCAGUUUUGUGCAAUUGGCUAUGUCAGGGGAUAUCAUAAAGAAUCCCGAGUCUAGCCCGGGCGUCCGGGUCACAGAUACGUCAUUUGCUGGAGUCGAGGCGCGAGUGUUUGAAUCCACUUCAGAAGGCCUUCAGAAAGAUUUAAAAAGAGGAGUGGUUUAUUUUCAUGGAGGUGGAUGGACCAUUGCUAGUGCAAGGAUGAGAGAUUAUGACACUCAGUGUAGGACAAUGGCCAAAGAAUUGGAUGCAGUUGUUAUAUCUGUCGAGUACCGUCUGGCCCCUAAGGCCCGAUUCCCUGAUCAGUUCAAUGAUGCUUUUCAGGCCGCAAAAAAUAUCCUGACAGCGGAGGUGUUGGCUAAGUACUCUAUAGACCCAAAACGAGUGGCUGUGUCAGGUGACAGCGCUGGGGGGAAUCUUGCUGCUGCUGUCAGCCAACAGUUGGCCGUGGAUGCAAGUGCUCCAAUUAAAUUCAAAGUUCAGGCCCUCAUCUACCCUGCGCUCCAGGCCCUGGACUUUAACACACCCUCCUUCCAGCAGAAUCGCCAUAUCCCCAUCCUGAGAGAUCACCUCAUGGCCCGCUUUUUAUUAGAGUACCUUAAUGGAUCUCAAGACCUUGUUCCCUCUUUGCUGGCUAACAGGCACUCAGCUCUGAAUCUGGGUCAGGAGGUAGCAGCAGCCAAAGCGAAGAUCAACUGGACCAAGCUUCUACCGGUGGCCUUUCAGAAGAACUAUAAGCCAGUGGUGCCACUUCAGGGUGACCCAAAGCUGCAUGAGAUGAUGCCAGGGUUGCUGGAUGUAAGAGCAGCUCCAUUAUUAGCUGAACAGGAAGUGUUGAAGGUCGUGCCGCCCGCCUACAUCAUGGUCUGUGAGCAUGACGUUUUGAGAGAUGAUGGACUGAUGUACGCCAAACGACUGGAGGAAGCUGGAGUGCCCGUUACCGUUGAUCAUUAUAAAGAUGGAUUUCAUGGAUCCAUAAACUUUGUUUUUGUGUCCUCUCCAUUCGAAGUUUCGGUGCAAAGUUUUGGUAACUACAUGAAGUGGCUAAAUGAGAACCUGUAGGUUUUAAUUUACAUAUAAGGGACGAGAUGUUUUCCUUAUUGAAUACAUGUUUUGAUUUUAAGCAUUUUUUAAAUUUAAAAUGUAUUUUGUGGAGAAAUAAAUAGGCAUAUAUAAUGUUUCAGGACCUCACAACUGCUGUUACGACAGAAAUGAAUUUUGGGGUAGUGGGAUUAAAGGGCUUUGGAAUAUUUAAUGGCUUAAUGUGAUUUAUAAAUGAUUUAUGCAGGGCUAAAACGGAUAUACUAGAUUUUACGAGAGGUUAUGUUGGACACUGAAACUAGUUUAUUUUUAUAUGCAGUCAUAAACACUGGAAUUAAAUAUACAAGAUUGUAUCUGGAACCCAGUCUGUGAAAACCCAGCUAAAGUCUUUUUUGUGUUUCACUAUUUUCUACAUAAAAUCAUCAUACAUAAUGUAAAGAACAUUCUGUAAAAAUAUAACCUUGAUAUCGUUUAUAUUGACUGGGGAAGGCCAAAGACUAAAAUGCAUGUUUAGAAAGCCAUGUCUAUGUUAAUGCUCCUUAUUUUAUAAUGAGAUUUUAACCUGGAUUUUACAGACAUGGUCAUAUAAUAUUAUUAUGAAACAGUAUAAAAACAAAUGUCUCUAUUUAAAAGUUAGUGUAUAUAUUAGAGCUGGGCAUAGAUUAAUCUAGAUUAAUCUCAUACAAAAUAAAAGUAAUUUUUUGCAUAACAUA